GGGAAACGAGUUGUCACUUCGCACGCGACUUCGCGCCAAGUUGGUACCUUUUUUCGGCAAAGACGUUUAAAACUUCGUGCCUAGUUAGUGAGAAAGGAGAAUUUAUACAAGUGUUAUUUUAAUAUUGAUUAUUGACAUUGGAUGCUUUCUCGUACUCUUGAGAAUUUUCUAGAGUGAUUGUCAAGAAACGCCAUUAUGGAUAUAGAAAACGUAAACUGCAAACUCAAGGUGUCCCAGUGUGCUGAUAUGGAGAUAUCCUAUAUAGAACGACCUAUAAAGGUUACACAGGAAAUAACAGGGCUGGAGAAACUAGUGGAAGAACUACACAGGGUGUUCUCAGACAACCACGUGAACGUACAGGAUGUUCAGAAACUGAUGGCCGGGUACAAAUCUGACCCGAAAGACUGGCGGAAGUACGCCAAGUUUGACCGAUUUCGGUAUACAAGGAAUCUGGUUGACUGCGGUAACGGAUUGUUUAAUAUAAUGAUCCUGUGUUGGGGGCCUGCGCACGCGUCGGCUAUCCACGACCACGCCGACUCGCAUUGUUUUAUGAAGGUGCUUAGUGGGAGACUGCACGAGAUCAGAUACGACUGGCCAGAGAAAAUCCAACCCGAAGUAAUGAAAAAACUCAACAAAUCAAGAAGAAGAUGCUGUUCAGAAAGCGAAGACAAGAUUUUGAACGACUCUCAACACUGCGAAAAUGACAGCUGUCACAAUUACGGCGGGAAAAUUGACGGGCAAGAUGGCGGACAAAAUGGCGCGAACGGAAAAGAAAAUGGCGACUACGACCCGCAGAAUAUGGAGGAGAUUGGCAGGACGCAAUUGGAAGUUAACGAUGUCUGUUAUAUAAACGACGCCCUAGGCCUCCAUCGGAUGGAGAAUCCUUCCCACGUGGAUGGCUGCGUCUCCCUCCACCUCUACUGCCCCCCAUUUGACAGUUGUCGGGUGUUCGAUGCCCGGACCGGGAAGCCUACUGAGGUGAAAGUGACUUUUUGGUCUAUGUACGGGAAGAAGAUAAAUCGAGUCAUCGAAGCAACUCGAAACGAUAUUGCGGACAGCCAAUAAUAAAAACACAAGUUUAUUAAAGGAAGCUCCGUUUUGGUUAUAUUUUUGGGUACGACUGCAUCAAAACUGCAAACCAACUGCAAUAAAACUGCUAUUGGGUAUACCUAAUAUAGAACGCAAAUGCUCGGUCAAAUCCAUUUAGGAAAUAUAUUCCAGCACACACCAUCUAAGUUUAUUUUAAGUUAUGCCUGUCAUUUUCUUAUCCGUCGAAAAGGAAAGGGACGGGCGGGUUAUAGUCAGGCAUAAAUUUUAUGGAACACACGCCAAUUUUAGGCAGAAAUUUAAAAAACCGUCCCAAAAUUUUGUAUUGGCUAAUAACCUGACAGAAAGUUAAUAGUACACGUCAAACGGGUUGCAUAUCGACGAGAUGCCAUUUUAUUCGCCCGGGUUAUUCAUUCGUUUUAAAAUUAACAGUUGACAAUCAUCCGUUUCCUUUUUGGCGGAUAAGAAAAUGGCGGGUAAUACUUAAAAUAAAUUUAGGAGGUGUCUGUAGGAAUCGAAGCAAAUUUAACAUAACAUAUCUGUUAGCGACACUAAUUGACAUGUAACAUUUUAAAAUAAAGCGGCAAAGUAUUUGGUGCGGGCAACCGACUCGGCGCUAGAUGGCGCUCGCCGCGCCUGCGCGUCACUUCUUUCCGAUUUUUGAUUUUUAAAUUUCUCUCUUGCUAACCUCUACGCCGCGCACCAAGCUCUUCGGUUGCUCACACGCAAAAGCCAUUAUAUAGCGAUCGAUAAGUGUUUUUUCUGUUUUCUCGUCCUAUAUAUAACAAUAUCAAAUGUGCCUGUUUCCCCGAACGGGUAGGCUGAUGUACACCUAUAGUAAGUUCAUUCAUAAGAUAAGAUAAAUGAUAAUGUCUUUCAAUGCUCAAUAUUUUGUAGAUAUUUUACAAUACUGAAUCAUUCUAAAUAUAUAGUAGGUACUAAUCUGUAUCAUAACUUAGUUAAAAAAUAUUUUUGUACCUAACAAAAUCAUUCCAUUAAAUAAAUAUUGUAUAAUAUACUAAUUUAUACAUGUUUUAAGAUUGUAUCAAACUUUUUUAUUGUUAAGAAACAAUGCUUAUUUUGUUGAAAUAUAUUUAUUGUUGUAUUUUUA